AUGCAUUUUAGGCUAAGAUUUUUUCUUGCACGCGCCGCCAGGAAAUCAAUCGCUAUUUCGCCCACUUCAGUUUCGCCGAGUCCAAGAGCUGCACUUACCGGCGGCUAUACUACCGUAGCUAACGUUGUCGGAAAAUCUCUAAAUUCCCGUUGGUUUGAGCAGCAAAUCUUACCUUUUUACUCCGUUUUGGUUGGACGUGAGUUCUCCAGCUAUGCCGUCGAGCAGUUCUCCGACGAUGAAUACGAAUGCGAUUACGAAAAUCAUCCAGCUUCAUCAUCCGUGGCGAAUAUUGAUGAGUGGAAAUGGAAACUUAGCAUGUUGUUACGAAGUGAUGAGGAUCAAGAAAUAGUAUCGAAAGAUAAAAGGGACAGGAGAGACUUUGAACAAAUAUCCAGGCUCGCCAAACAAAUGGGGCUUUACUGUGAACUAUAUGGAAAAAUUGUUGUUGCAAGCAAAGUUCCUCUUCCCAACUACAGACCAGAUCUGGAUGAUAAGCGGCCUCAGAGGGAGGUUGUGAUCCCAUUGAGCUUACAAAGAAGGGUGGAGGGUUUGCUCCAGGAGCAUCUCGACAGAGCAAUUGUGUAUUCUGAAAAAGACUGUGAUGCUUCAGAUGAGACGAUAACCAGUAAUCACCUCGAAAAUGUGGAUACUGCUGAGCAUGCGGAUUCAUUCCUUGAUGAUUCGGUUAUGGAGAAAGUUCUGCAGAGGCGGAGCCUGCGCAUGCGCAAUAUGCAGAGAACUUGGCAGGAAUCACCAGAAGGUAGGAGGAUGAUGGAAUUCAGGAAGUCUCUCCCUUCAUUCCGGGAGAAGGAAAGGCUUCUUCAAGCAAUAGCAAGAAAUCAGGUUGUAGUGAUUUCUGGUGAGACCGGAUGUGGUAAGACCACCCAACUUCCUCAGUAUAUUUUGGAGUCAGAAAUAGAGUCUGGUCGGGGAGCAUUUUGCAGCAUAAUAUGUACACAGCCUCGAAGAAUAUCAGCCAUGACAGUUUCAGAACGAGUUUCUUCUGAGAGGGGAGAACCUCUUGGUGAAUCAGUUGGCUAUAAAGUACGAUUGGAGGGAAUGAAAGGCAAGAAUACACAUUUGCUCUUUUGUACCAGUGGAAUUUUGCUCCGUAGGCUAUUGAGUGAUAGAAAUCUGGAUGGUAUAACUCAUGUGUUUGUUGAUGAAAUCCACGAGCGUGGCAUGAAUGAAGAUUUCUUGUUGAUUGUCUUGAAGGAUCUUCUUCCUCGUCGCCGGGAUUUAAGAUUGAUUCUGAUGAGUGCCACGUUGAAUGCCGAUCUAUUUUCUGGUUAUUUUGGUGGAGCACCUAUGAUCCACAUUCCAGGCUUCACUUACCCUGUAAGAGCCCUUUUCCUGGAAGAUAUACUCGAAAUAACGGGGUAUAGAUUGACUUCAUUCAAUCAAAUAGAUGAUUAUGGCCAAGAGAAGAUGUGGAAAACGCAGAGACAAUUAGCUCCUCGAAAAAGGAAAAAUCAAAUCACUACUCUUGUUGAGGAAGCUCUGACUAAAUCAAAUUUUGGGAGUUAUAGCUCUAAGGUGCACGAGUCAUUGUCGUCCUGGACACCUGAUGGUAUUGGGUUUAAUCUCAUUGAGGCUGUAUUGUGCUAUAUAUGUCGCAAAGAACGCCCUGGUGCAGUGUUGGUAUUCAUGACAGGGUGGGAGGAUAUUAGUUGUUUGAGAGAUCAACUAAAAGCUCACCCUCUCUUAGGUGACCCUAAUAGGGUCCUGCUGCUUACAUGCCAUGGCUCAAUGGCCACCUCUGAACAGAAACUCAUAUUUGAGAAACCACCGCCUAAUGUUCGCAAAAUUGUACUUGCAACAAAUAUGGCUGAGGCAAGUAUCACAAUCAAUGACAUAGUUUUUGUUGUGGACUGUGGAAAAGCUAAGGAGACUACUUAUGAUGCGCUAAAUAAUACACCGUGUUUGCUACCUUCAUGGAUAUCCCAAGCAUCUGCUCGUCAGAGAAGGGGUAGGGCUGGCCGAGUUCAGCCAGGUGAGUGCUACCACCUGUAUCCGCAAUGUGUUUAUGAAGCUUUUUCCGAGUAUCAGCUUCCUGAACUCCUAAGAACUCCCCUGAAUUCUCUAUGCUUACAAAUUAAAAGCCUACAAGUUGAAAGCAUUGGAGAUUUUCUUUCUGCUGCACUUCAGCCGCCCAAACCAUUGGCCGUGCAAAAUGCUAUUGAUUUUUUGAAGAUGAUUGGUGCAUUAGAUGGUGAUGAGAACCUUACACAUCUAGGAAAGUUCUUGUCAGUGCUUCCAGUGGAUCCUAAGCUAGGGAAAAUGCUAAUCAUGGGUGCUAUUUUUCGAUGCUUUGACCCUAUAUUGACAAUUGUGGCCGGUCUGAGCGUUAGAGAUCCUUUCCUUUUGCCACAAGAUAAGAAGGAUUUAGCUGGGUCUGCCAAGUCGAGAUUCUCAGCAAAGGAUUACAGUGAUCACAUGGCUCUUGUGCGUGCAUAUGAAGGCUGGAAAGAUGCAGAAAGAGAAGGAUCUGCUUACGAGUAUUGCUGGAGGAACUUUCUGUCGCUUCAAACUCUUCAAGCUAUCCAUUCCCUUCGUAAGCAGUUCACCUACAUUUUGAGAGAUGCUAGAUUGCUCGAGGAAGAUGGAUCAGCUAAUAAUAAAUUGAGUCACAACCAACCGUUGGUUCGUGCAGUUAUCUGUUCUGGUCUUUUUCCUGGUAUUGCAUCUGUAUUGCACAGGGAGACAUCAAUGUCGUUCAAAACUAUGGAUGAUGGGCAGGUUUUGCUCUAUGCGAAUUCUGUGAAUGCGCGUUACCAAACAAUACAUUACCCGUGGUUGGUUUUUGGCGAGAAGGUGAAAGUAAAUACCGUGUUCAUACGCGAUUCAACUGGAGUAUCUGAUUCUAUUUUAAUCCUCUUUGGUGGUAAACUCGAAGACAAUACCGUGGCAGGACAUUUGAAAAUGUUGGGAGGAUACAUCGAAUUCUUCAUGAAUCCAAGUUUGGCCGAGUGCUACCUUCAAUAUCCAAGCAUCGACAUCCACAAGGAAGGCAAGUACAUCAUGCUUGCCGUUCAAGAACUCGUCUCGGGAGACCAGUGUGAAGGCAGAUUUGUUUUUGGCCGCGAAAGCAAGAAACAAAGGGAGCCCGGGGACAAAAAGGACCGAUUCACGAAAGACGGUACAAACCCGAAGAGCUUGCUCCAGACGCUGUUGAUGAGAGCCGGCCAUUCCCCACCUAAGUACAAAACAAAGCACCUCAAGACAAACGAGUUUAGGGCUUUGGUGGAAUUUAAGGGCAUGCAGUUUGUGGGGAAGCCGAAGAAAAAUAAGGCCCUGGCUGAGAAAGAUGCGGCUAUAGAGGCUCUGGCAUGGUUGACUCACACGUCCGAGAAUACUCAGCAUGAAGAUGACAAUACAACGCCAGAUGUCACGGACAACAUGCUCAAACUUCUCGGCAGGCGGAGGAGGUCGAAACGGAAUCCUCAUUAA